AGCUUGCGAAUAGCGGAAUGACUUAUUGUUUGUUGGAGAGACGAGAGCAAAAUUAAUGAGAUUUGCAUUUUACAAAAUUACCAUCAGAUGGUGGCUCUGAUUGGCGUCUCAACAUGAUUAAAAAAUUGUUAGAAUUUUGGGAGAUUGCUGACUUUUAUGGAGACAGAUAUCAACCGCUAAAUUUCCUGGUGGUAGCACAUGAACCACGAAAAACGAAAAAAUCGAUUUCAGAAUUUUCCUGGAGCCCUAGAAAAAUCGCAAAAGGGCCGCCCUGAAUGCCAUACCUCGUACUCCGCGGCAAUCCCUUACUACAGACACGUUCCCCACGUAUUUCCUGCGCCACCGCCACAAAAUUUUGCCCGUUGCAUCGUACAUCGUACCUCCAUAAGCGCCAGUAAUCUGUCCUAUGAGCUCUGACGAGUGGUUGUAAACAUCUCGAUGUUAUACGACGGAAAGAACAAUUUCUAAGUUAAUUCUGAGUGACUAAAAACAUCUACAACAUGGCUACUCGCAGUAUGGCGGACUGGACGUGCGAUUAUUUCAUGGAGAAUCAAGAGUUGUGCAAGAGUUUGCUAGAAAAUAUUCACGAGUUGAAGGAAAUUCCUUCGCUGAAUUCACCUUUUCUUCAUGAUAUUAAGGAUGGACACCUGGUGAGAUUCCGGGGAAUGAUUCAAAACAUUUACAAUCCAGAAUUUUACCUCCAAACGUUUGAGGUUAGGGACAACAACACUGGAGAGAUCAGUGUCCGGAGUGGAAUGUACAGAGAUGCUGCUGUUUGUCAGACGCACGAGGAAAUUAUCCAGGACUCUGACAACAAGAGGAUCACAGACAGACAGACGUUGAGUGUCAUAUCGACCCCAGGUCUCAACGAAUGGGCCACAGAAAAAUUCUCCAAAAAUUAUUCCCCAACUGGGGAACAAUCUUCUCGUCCUUCCGUCAAACGUUCCCUCGAUCACGACGAGGACGAGCCAAUGGACACAUCUGAGCCAGCGCAAAAGAAAGAGAGAUCCGAAUCGAAUGUUAAUCGAGUUGACGCCAAAUUUUCUUUACCGGAGAAUCUACAGAAUUUUCCAAUUCCCAUAGAAAAUGGCAAAACUUGUGUUGUUAACGUUUACAGUGACGUUACCUUAAGGGUGAACCAAGUAGUGGAUGUCGUUGGCUUCGUAUCAAUCACUCCACUACUUAACGAAGUCGAUGGACGAGUUGAAGGCUCUGACGGUGAUGGUGGACCCGAUUCUUCGCCCUCAUUGUUAAUUCCUCGGUUGCAUGCCGUCGCGAUUACGGAGUCAUACGAAGAUUUACCUGUGGAGCCUUCACUUCGACAACUACCCAGGGUUGAGGCUAUCAGAAGUGAUCUCCACAAGGUGUUCAGUAAGGUUCUCUUCGAUGAUGAUUUGGCAGCUGAUUUUCUCAUUGCUCAUUUGCUAUCAAAAAUAUACAUAAGAAGAAAUGACUUAUCUUUAGGAAAUUUUCCCAUCAACAUAACAGAUUUUUCGGUUAAUAAAUUCCCCACCUUCCCCAGAACUAUUUAUAACUUGAUCUCGCAAAUCGUCUCCAAGAGUCACUAUUUUCUAUGCACCCUGGAGAACUUAAAUAAGGGGGGCCUAAUCCCCAGAAAGGACUAUGAGACCGGUCGAUUGGUAAGUGGUACCCUCCAACUCAGCCCCAACACUCAUCUUGUAAUCGACGAAACCAAACUAACAGCUGGAAAGCUCUUCCAAGAAGGAAGAAAGAGCUACAAAGCAAUCGACAGUCUAUUGACUUUUCAACGAGUCAGUUAUGAUUUCAAAUUCUAUUCGUUGGAAUACGAAACGGACAUUCCUGUACUGAUACUAUCAGAACACAAAUCCUUCCUCCCCUGCAUGAUUCAAGUACCUCUGCACAUCACUCCAGACGGUGAGAAUCAAUAUUCUGAAGGGCUCCAAGUCCUGGAGGACUUCCUAAAUAAUGAGGAACGAUUAAAUGAUGCACGCAAUUAUUUCAAGCUUUUGCAAGCUAUGGACUUCCAAAUCAGCGCCGACAUUGCCGAUAGGGUUCAAGCGGAUUUCGUUAAGUUGCGAAAAUUAGACGGCAGAAUAAACGCAGACAAUCUCCACGCGUUGAUGGUGUUCGCCAGACUGAUGGCUCUGUCUCACGGAGAAAAUUCAUUAAGCGUUGAUCGCUGGAAUGACAGUUUCGCGAAGGAGUGCGAACGUUUCGAGAGAUCGCGCAGUCGGCCACAUUAAAAAAAAUCCCCCUCCGGAAAAUGCAUUUCUCAAUUUCAUGUUCAUUAAAAUGUUUUUUUGUACAAAAAAAAUGCAUUCGUUCUACUUAUCUACGUUAAAAUGUAUUCCAUUCACGAGGUAUUGUAUUAUCUGUCGAGUAACUGCUCAACAUCAGUUCUCACAGAUGAGAAAUGAAGUUAGCACCACUUCUUCUACUGAUCUUGUACCUGAAGAAUUAUUUCCAGUUGAAAAUGACGUUCAGGAGAAUUAUUGAUUCAUUAAUUUAAACUGGGAAUGAAUAUAGACAGAAGUAUUAUAGUACAUAAGUCUGGAAUAAAGUUUUUUGCAUUUCA